CUCGAAAGCAAAAGUUGAAGGGCAACUCACCGUUUCCGCAUUGAAAUCUUCACUUCUUGGGCCAAACAACAAAGAGAGCUCCCAGUAUGCCUGCAACCGCCUCUAGAAAGGGCAAAUCCCGCGCACAAGAUACGUCUGAUGACAAUCCUGAGGCUGCUUUGCCUUUGGGCAAACAGUUGGUUCAUACCGACAAGAAGGUCAGGGACAAGGCAGUAACAAGUCUGGUCAAUUUCUUGUCUCAAGGAGGAGACACUGAAGGAUCCUCAAGCUCCUAUGUUAACUUGGAGGAUAAGGAGAUGGCCAAACUUUGGAAAGGAUUAUUCUACUGUUUCUGGAUGUCUGACAAGCCCCUUGUUCAACAAGGUCUAGCAGCCGAGCUUGCAGAACUUCUACUCAAAAUCAAUCCUCGUACCAACUCUCCCGGUGAUAAGUUCAAAGCUAGCCUGGCGUUUUUGGAAGGUUUCUGGGAUUCAAUCGUUAGAGAGUGGGCGGGUAUCGACAGAUUAAGAAUGGACAAGUACUACUUGCUCAUGAGAAGAUAUGUCAAUGCUACUUUCAGAUUAUUGGCUCGGGAAAAAUGGGAGAAGGAAGCUAUUGAGGCUGUUAACAGUAUACUGAUGAAGGAAGGUGGUGCCAUGACCUGGGAAGACAGGAGGGUGCCUACAUCCAUUUCCACGCAUUUGUCUGAUAUCUAUCUUGAUGAGCUCAACAAGGUUUUGGGCUUGCCCGAGGUCGACUUCCAACCUGCAUGCCCCAUCGCUGCCGUUCUCCAACCUCACAUUACCCUACUUGCUCGCACUCCCCUUUCCACAAUUCACACCCGCAUCAUGUCAUCAGUCUUCACCCCUCUCCUUAAUUCUCUCGCUCUCGCUUCUUCCUCUCCCGACCAAUAUGAUGAGCGUCCCGCGAAACGAUCAAAGAAAAGUAUAGACGAUGAGCCGAUGUACGCCCACAUUGUCAUGCACUCUUGUGCUGGCGAAGGAGGGAAGCAGGGGAGGAACUCGGCGGAGCAGCUGAGAAACGCUGUUUUGAAAGCAAUGUUCAAUGCAGCUGCCAACCCCAAAUCGACCGAGCCCAAUAGAAGAAAGAUUUACAAGGUCUGGAGAGAGGAGGGCGGCGACGAUGAUGACGAAGAUGAUGAGUAGAGUCUGUGAUACUUUGUUCACCAAUGCACACUUUGACAGUUACGGAUGCAUAGAGUUGUGACGG